CAAGAGUCAAGUUCUCAGUGUGGUCGAAUACUCUGCUUAAUAAUCUGUUGUGGCUGGCUUAGCCGAAAAGGAGUACAAACCUCUCCUGUUUUGCAUUAAAAAUCGAAAGAUCACAUGGCUCCUAUUCCUCUGCUUGUUUUCUUAUUUCUCAUCGCUCAUUCUAUGCUUCUAAGCUCUGCUGAAGAAAAGGGCUCCCUUCCAAAAUGUCAACCAGUCCUUUGUGGAAAUGAUGAAGAGAAUGAGUUCUCUUUUAACAAUACUAUGAGCCCUGAAUGUGGGGAGCUCAAAGUGAAAUGUUCAGAAGAUGGACCGAAGAUCCAAUUCAAACCAGAAGGGCACUGGUUUAGAAUUGAGAAAAUCUCCCAGCUACAUUCUAAAAUUUCUAUUGUUGUUAAGGAGGAAGCAGUACCGUUUCCACCGCCGGAUUCUAACGAACGACGUUGCCAAUUUAUCAAUGAACACUCACUUCCGAGCCCAACUGAUUCAUCUCAUUUCUCUUCCUAUAACUAUACGGCUGACAACUUAUCAACGCUUUACAAUUGCGGCAGAAAUCUUUGCGUUACCACAAAAGAUUAUGAUGAAACUAAGUGCAGAGAGUAUGAUUUGCACUGCAAUCUUUCGUAUGGACAACAACGAUGUCCAAAUAUAACGCUUCCAUUUUCAUUUCCACCUCCAAAUUCAAAUUUCACUUUUAAAGUGCAAAUAAGCCCAACUUGUUUGGGAUGUCACAUGGAAGGAGGAAAUUGCCACGAUUUUCACGACGAAGAUCAAUUUCGGUGUAUUUUGCCGCAUAAAGGACAAACGAAGAAACUGAGCUUAGGACUAGGACUAGAACUAGCGGUUGCUUUUGGUGGAAUUGGGACACUUGUGGUUAUGUUGAUCUACUGCUUUAGGAAGAAACAUAAUCAUGCUCAUCAAAGUAUUGAGGCAUUCCUAAAGAACUGUGGUCCCCUUCAAAUUAGAAGAUACAGUUAUUCGAAUAUUAAGAAAAUGACAAACUCAUUUGAAGAAAAACUAGGCCAAGGAGGCUUUGGUAGUGUUUACAAAGGAAAAUUACAUGAUGGAGAUCUUGUUGCAGUGAAGAUGUUAAACAAAUUGAAAGCCAAUGAUGGUGAAGACUUUAUUAACGAGGUCGCAGCAAUCAGCAGAACUUCCCAUGUCAACGUUGUCAGAUUGUUAGGUUUUUGUUUUGAGGGUGCUAAAAAGGCUCUCAUCUAUGAGUUCAUGCCUAAUGGUUCUCUUGAAAAAUUUGUAUACAAUGAAAAUGAAACGGAAGAAUGUUAUCAAUUGGAUUGGGAAACAUACUAUCAAAUUUCACUUGGCACUGCUAGAGGACUAGAGUAUUUGCAUCGAGGUUGCAACACACGGAUUUUACAUUUUGACAUUAAACCUCAUAACAUCCUUCUUGAUGCAGAUUUUGUGCCCAAAAUAUCAGAUUUUGGCCUAGCCAAAAUCUGCACAAGGAAAGAUAGUCUAGUUUCAAUGUUAGGUCCAAGAGGUACUAUUGGGUAUAUUGCUCCAGAAGUUUUCUCUAGAAACUUUGGAGGGGUUUCCCACAAGUCUGAUGUAUAUAGUUAUGGAAUGAUGGUUCUAGAAAUGGUGGGAGGACGAAAAAAUGUCAAUAUUAGAGUUGAUAACAGUAGUGAAUUAUAUUUUCCGCAAUGGAUCUACGAGCGCCUUGAGCUUAAAGAACUAGGACUCAAGAGAAUUAUAAGUGAAGAAGACAAUGUAAAAUCAAGGAAGAUGAUUAUGACGAGCUUGUGGUGCAUACAGACUGAUCCCUCAAGCCGACCAACAAUGAGUAGAGUCAUAGAAAUGUUGGAAGGUAGCCUUGACUUAUUGCAAGUACCACCCAAGCCUUUCUUGUCUUCCCCGCCAAGAUCAUCACCAUAUGCUUCUUCCAACAUACUUAUUUCUCUAUGAGUAUAACAUUUCUUUGUAUAAAAAGACUGUAUGUAUGGAAGAACUUAUUUAAAGAGCAAAUUAUCUAGCAUCGAUUUUUGGGAAAAUUUCAAUUUUUUUUUCCAAAUGUUUAUUUAGCUCUAUCACAUGUCUUGAUAACUAUAAAAGCAUGACUUCAAUUAUUGAUAAACGAGUUUUAGACUUGUUUAUCCAUGUGUUUUUCAGGUAAAGUAUUAGGUGUUUGUUUUGCUUUGUUUUAUUUUAC